ACGCCAAUCACACGCCAAUAAACUGACAUCACGCCGGUCAGGGUCUGGCUUUUAGUGUGGCUGGUGCUGCACUGCUGCCCCGCUCGGACUGUCCAAUUAUAACCAAUGGUGGCCGACAAUCCCGUUGUCGUCAUCCGUGGACCGGCCAUCCACAGCCCUGGAAAGCAUCCAGGAAAUGGCCGUCCCUAUCCACUGAUCGGCUGGCUGCGAAGCCUGCAUGGCUAUUUUGCUGCCUUCGCUCCAACAAACUCUGUCUCGUCUCCCUCCGCUUUUAUAUCACGGGAGACCCGGCCCUAACUAAGCCUUACGGUUUCUCACCAAUCUUCUGGUGUAAAACUCCAGUAAAUCCAUCUGCCUAA